AUGACGAGUGAGGGUGAGGUAACACAAGGAAAAUCAAAAGCAAUUUGGGAUCCACCAACACAUGAGAAAUGGAUUGAUUUAGCUGUAGAACAAGUGAGAACAGAAAAUAGAAAUGGAUCACAUUUUAGGGAAUUAGGUUGGAAAUUUUUUAUUGAAAAAUUUAAUCUUGCAACAAAAAUAAAUUAUGAUCGAAAGCAAAUGAAAAAUCAUUGGGAUAAUGUUAAAAAAGAGUGGCAACAAUGGGAUUCACUACUUAGAGGAGAGACUGGACUUGGUUGGGACAUACAGAGGCAAACAGUUGAUGCUCCAGAUGAAUGGUGGGAUGCAAAGUUACAAGUAGGUUUCUGUACAAAGCUCUUAUAA